GAGAGUAUUUAUGAAAGCAAACCAAAGCACACGCUUUAACUUUUUUCAAGGAGUAAUACUCCCACUUUGCCAUUGUGCUUUGUGAAGGAGAGACACUAGAGGCUCCAUACAAACUCAUUUUUCGGAGGAGAAAAUGCCAUGUUCAGCUGAGGAAGCACUAGUUAGGCUCUUCUACAACACCUCCUCCUCCUUCCACCUCCUCCUCCUCUUCCUCUACCUCUCCUCCACUUUUCUUUUCAAACUCUUCUACUUUGUCGGCAGCAACCCUAUUUUCCCAAGAAACCAGAAUGGAUACGAAGACUAUGUGUUUUCGGACGAAGAAGAAGAGGAGGAGCAGGAGGAAGAAGAAGACAACGAACAAAGGCAGUUUCAUGUUCCUGGUCACCAAUACUGCAGUACCAUAAAUGAUCAUGAUCUGGUGGCUGACAUCAUUCACGGCGGCGAAUCACUGAUGUUUUUGCCUAACAAUAACCUUCAGCAUCAUCAUCAAAAAAGUUUUUCCGAAGACCAAUUCAUUAGCGCACGGGAGAGCUUAAUAAUUGAAGACCGCCCCGAUGAAUCUUUGCAUGAGUCAUCACAAGGUUCAGAAUCUGAACAUGACGAUCAAGGUGCGGAGGAAAUCCCCGUGAAAGAUACAGUUUCAGUUCUCAAUUCUGUUGCGAAGGAUCGAGUGUGGCCCACAUCUCCGAUAACUAUAGAGCUACAUAAAAGUGACAAAAAUGGUGACGGUAAUUGUGAUGAACAUAAUACUGAAAUCAAUAGGGCAGAUCAGACGCAUUUAUCCAGUGACGAAAAUUUUGUGGUUUUCGGGCCAUCACAAUUGAAGAACAAGAAGUUCCAAGUUCAAGACAAUAAAGAGGAUGAAAUUUUUGAGGACUCAACUGUUGGAUCAACUUCUAAGAGCUCUUCUGAUUGGAGAAGCUCAAUUAAUUGCAGGGAUUCUGCCACUGAAGAUCCUUUUUCUUCCUCGUCCCGGCGAAGCUGCCCCAAAUGGGAGUCUUACACAGUCUUCCAAAAGUAUGAUGAAGAAAUGAUGUUCCUAGACAGAAUUAGUGCCCAAAAGCUCCAUGAAACAGAAUCACUUAAGUCUAUUCAAGUCUGUCCAAGAUCAAUUUCGGAAAGGAUUGUUCAUAGAAUCUCUACGGCAACAAAAAGGCUGCCUGAUGUACGUCACAACCCUUAUCAUGAGCUGGAGGCUGCUUAUGUUGCACAAAUUUGCUUAACAUGGGAAGCACUUAAUUGGAACUACAAGAAUUUUGAGCAAAAAAGGGCAUCACGCCAUGAGUUUGAUCCCGGCGUUCCUGGCGAAUUAGCACAGAAAUUUCAGCAAUUUCAAGUGCUUCUACAAAGAUAUGUAGAGAAUGAGCCUUAUGAGCAAGGCAGGAGGCCAGAGAUUUAUGCUAGGAUGAGGCUUUUGGCACCAAAGUUACUUCAAGUGCCAGAAUAUCGAGUUUCAGAAGAUGAUGACCAUCAAAAGGAUGAAGGUUUUGGCUCAAAAAUUUCGUCAGCUGCAUUUUUAAUGAUAAUGGAAGACGGAAUCCGAACGUUCAUGGAUUUUCUCAAGACUGAUAAGGAAAAACCCUGCCAGAAAUUAGCAUCCAUGUUCAAACGAAAACGAAAAGGUUCAGUUGAUCCCACUCUUCUCCAUCUGAUGAAGAAAGUUAAUCAAAAAAAGAAGAUGAAAAUCAAAGAUCUUCGACGUUCCCACAAAUGCCUGAGAAAGCGAAGGUUGAAGGUGGAGGAAGAGAUGGAGAUACUGAUGGGUCUGAUUGACCUAAAACUGGUAUCUAGGGUUUUGAGAAUGACCGACCUAAAUGCAGAACAAUUGCAUUGGUGCGAAGCAAAGAUGAGCAAAGUGCGAAUUCUGGAUGGGAGAAAAUACCAAAGAGAUUCCUCCCCACUUUUCUUCCCAGCACAAUGACCCACGUACCACUAUUGUGUUGCUUUGAUGACUAGACAUUGUGACAUGAAUGUGCAUGCAUGACUGCACAGAGAAUGAGUGAAUAUCCUACCCAGGUACCCUUUUGUAAAAACUACUAUAAUAUAUAAUAUUAUAUUACUGAGGUAGGACAAGAAGGUGACAUGGAUUUUGGAGAUUUCGAAUCCAUGAAAUAAUGUUUAGAGACAGAGAGAGAGAGAGAGAGAGAACAAAGCAAGGAACAUCAAGAGAGAGAGAGACAAGGGUUACUUUAGCUUUAGCUUUUUUUAAAAAAAAAUUAGGGUUUAUCUACAAGCUGGGAUAUGAGGCUUAUGAGCUGAAUCAAAAGAGGAGAAAACUAAAGAGGAAGAAUAACAAGGCUGCUUCAAACACAUGAUGCAGAUGCAGUGGAAUAAAAAGGUAUCACAUGGUACACUCAAGGGAUUAGGGUUAUAUCAUUUAUAUGUGGUUAAUUUAGGGUUUAGGACCCACUUAGGUGGGGAAUGAAAAAUGAAAUAAAGUCUGAUAUAUCACCAUCUUUAAAGAUUUCUGCAUCUGGAUUUCAUGACUUUUUUAAAGGUGAUGACCUAUUGACUAUUGUAGUUGGGAAAUCAUGGUCAUUGGAAAGGAAAUAUAUUAAUUUUGUACUCAGUUAUUGCAUGGGAAUUUGAAACUGUCACAUAAUUUCAAAUGUCAAAUGUCACAUAUCAUUUGCU